AUGGACCACCCAUUCCCAUUAACGCCGGAGGACUUGUACAACCUGCAAAUGGAGCUUAAGCAAGUCCAAUAUGCCCAGACGAAUCACGCCGACAGAAUACUGCGACUGGAAAAGCGACAAACCGAUGAUUCGACCAUCAAGUCGGUAUGGAACUCUCCAUUUCCUGGAGUUCUUGCAGGCACUCCCCAACAAGGACCUGUCCAGAUUCCUCACAAUGACGUGUUCGACGACUCUGAUGAGCAGGGCGAGCAACUCUUAGGGUCGCUGCACUUAGGGCCUGCUGAAGAAGAACCGGUUCGUCGCGGCGCUGCAUCAAGAGCUAAUAGUGUCCGAUUCGACGAGAGCGCGUUGCACGGCUCUGGCUGGAGCGGUGCACAGAGCAACCGACACUCUGGAGAGUUUGGCUCGCGCCCGGCAAGUGGUCUCUUCAUGGAAAGAACAUUGUCGCACAAAUCCGAUGGUCGACAUAGCUCAGCAGGGCAUUCCGUUCACUCACAUCAUUCUGUGGCAUCGGGCCGUGCGAGUAGCGUUGGCUUAGAUACGGCCGGUGACGACGACGACUCGUCUUCAUUCGGUAUUCCAGAGCCCCCAAUUUCUCUUUUUGUGCUUGGCUCCGUUCCAUCCAUAAUAAGAUGCUGGUUGACGACAAAUUUUGCCCACCGAACACUUCUAUAUGCCGACGUUUGCAGCGGAUCCCAAAAAUCAACGAUUUCCUACUCACUGCUUGAGGAGCUCGACCUUGUGGAGGAAAUCGAGAAGGAUGUGGAUGGGAUAUGCCGUGCGCGUCUUCAGGUAUAUUUUGCAGAGGCUGUUGUGACCAGGCGCGGUCGUAGCUCAGAAGGUUCCGAAGGGCUAGUACCGUCCAUGUCCGUCGCCUUCGAAAUCGCUGGCUCAAGUCCCUCAAAUUCUGCAAGCGACCAAAAGCCCAUCCGUGUCUUCAUCGGCAGCGAUGCCUUACGAGCGCAUUGCGCCGACAUCUUGUUUUCCAAAAAUAUCUUGGUACUGUAUGGAAACGAUCGUGACAGACUACGUGUCCCGUUCGUACGACCCGAGGACGAUGAAGUAUUCCGACAUGUCAGCACCACCAAUGUGCCACCGGAAAAACAAAAACUGAAUGCGACCGCCGCACCUUUUGUCCUUCCAGGAAAACUUGACAGUAAUGGCCGAGAAACGCGAUCUGAUCCGCCAGAGACGCCUGACGAAGCCCAUGUACACGAACCAACAUCGCCAACCACUGUUCACACACGAGGGAGAAGGCGUGGAAGUACGAGAUCUCGUCGCAGCACAAAUGAAAACAAGCAAAUGCGAGACUCAAGCCAUGGAGGUGCCCUGUCUGGCAAAGAAGAUGCUACUGGCUCCGAGUCUUCCCGACGAGAAUCCUCUGCUGGCAUUUGGGGCUCGUGGCGACAUGGGCCAAGCGGCGGCCACGAAAAAGACGCUGCCCCAAUCAGCGGAUAUCAGCCAGCGCCAUCGAGGAGCUCUCGUGGCAUGAAGGCUUUGAAGCCAGGAAAGCCGAGUUCGUCUGCCAAAACCGGAGCCGCCUAUGAGGCACCACUUCCAUCCCGGGCCGAUGGCCGACGAAAGAGCCAGGUCAGCGUCGGAGGCGAAAGCGUGAAUGGCAACAACAAGAAGGACGCCAAGCGAUCUGUAAGCGCGACAAGCGAGGCCAGAUCUCAUACGUCAGCACGCGACAAGAGUGCUGCGCCGUCUGGUACUCAUGGAGCGAACCCAGUAGGUGUCGCAUCCGCCUUUUCGUGGAUGACACCUGGUGGCAAGCCCAAGAGUUCGACGGGACAAGACUGA